AUGUCUUCCAGAAGUCCCAAAGGUUUAAUUAAAGGUAAAUGGGGAUCAAAGCCUAGUAACUCCAAAUCAGAAACUGCAUUAGAAAAAUUUAGGGGUGAAAUUGAAGCCUUAAAAACAUCAGUGGAUGAAAUCACAAGCGGAAAAGGAAAGUUGACUGAUAAAGACAGACACAGGCUUUUGGAGAAAAUUCGAGUCCUGGAAGCUGAGAGGGAAAAGAAUGCUUAUCACCUCACAGAGAAAGACAAAGAAAUACAGCGACUCCGAGAGCAGCUGAAAGCCAAGUACAGCAAUACUGCAUUGCUUGAACAGCUGGAGGAGAAAACAAAGGAAGGCGAAAGGAGGGAACAGCUGUUGAAAUCCUUGUCUGAAGAGACAGAUGUAUUGAAAAAACAGUUGUCUGCUACAACUGCAAGACUUGCUGAACUUGAAAGCAAAGCCAGUACACUUCGCUUAUCACAGACAGUGGCUACAAGCUGCUUCAACUCAUCAAUGAAUAAUAUUCAUGAAAUGGAAAUACAGCUGAAAGAUGCUCUGGAGAAAAAUCAGCAGUGGCUUGUGUAUGAUCAGCAGCGGGAGGCCUAUGUAAAAGGACUUUUAGCCAAGAUCUUCGAGUUGGAACAGAAAUCAGAAACAGCUGCUCAUUCACUCCCACAGCAGACAAAAAAGGCUGAAUCAGAAGGUUAUCUUCAAGAAGAAAAGCAAAAAUAUUACAACCACCUUUUGGCGAAUGCAAAAAAAGAUCUUGAGGUUGAACGACAGACCAUAACUCAGUUGAGUUUUGAACUUAGUGAAUUUCGAAGAAAAUAUGAAGAAACCCAAAAAGAAGUUCAAGAUUUAAAUCAACUGUUGUGUUCCCAAAGAAAGGCAGAUGUACAACAUCUGGAAGACGAUAGGCAUAAAACAGAGAAAAUACAAAGGCUCAAGGAAGAGAAUGAUAUUGCUAGGGAAAAACUUGAAGAAGAGAAGAAGAGAUCUGAAGAGCUCUUAUCUCAGGUCCAGUUUCUUUACACGUCUCUGCUAAAGCAUCAAGAGGAACAAACAAGGGUAGCUCUGCUGGAACAACAGAUGCAUGCAUGUACAUUAGACUUUGAAAAUGAAAAACUUGACCGUCAAAAUAUGCGGCACCAACUGCAUGUAAUUCUUAAGGAGCUCCGAAAAGCAAGAAAUCAAAUAACACAGUUGGAAUCCUUGAAGCAGCUUCGUGAGCUUGCCUUCACAGAGCCACUAGUCACUUUCCAAGGAGAGUCUGAAAACAGAGUAAAAGUUGCAUCACCAAAAAGUCCCACUGCUGCACUAAAUGAAAGCCUGGUGGAGUGUCCCAAGUGCAAUAUACAGUAUCCAGCCACCGAACACCGGGAUCUCCUCGUCCACGUUGAAUACUGUUCCAAAUAG